AUGGCACUCUUGAGGGCAAGUGCUGCAUUGGCAGUAGUUCUGAUGCUACAGUCUCAUCAUGCCGCUGCUUGGGGAAAUUCAGACACUCUCUACAUUUACAACUCUGAUACUCUGGCUGAUAUAUCAGCUUCAGAAGCAUGCGUGAAUGCCAUGUCCAGCAAUGUUUCAUGCUAUGCCGGCUUGAGCCAGGCAGUCACCCAGACGACAUCAUGGUCAGCCAAUGCACUGUCGGAAAUGUGUACCAGCGGUUGCUCUUCCGCUUUGUCAAGCUAUGUCUCCUCUGUGGACGAAGCCUGCGGCACAAGUACGCAGUACAACAUCUCCGGUAUCUCACAAACUGCCUCGGAUAGAGGCAAAGAAAUGAAAUGGCGUUACGAUGCAACCUGCUUGACUGAUUCGGCUUCGGGCACCUAUUGCAACACCCUAUUCCAAAAUGCAAUUUCGAAUGGCACAACAAACAUCAAAUGCAGCGCAUGCUAUUUGGAGUAUUUGUCAACCCUAGUGAAUUCCAAAUGGGGUCAGGAUAUUUUGCUCAGUCCGUCGGCCUUAACGAGUCAAGUAUCUUCUUGCUCGACCAGCGGAUACUCUGUGACUUAUACACCAACCUCGACUGCCUCUUCCACGGCCUCUGCCUCGGCCACUGUUGCCGCUAGUCGCUGCAACACGACUGACCCCGAUCAAACUGUUUACAAGGUUGAAUCCGGAGAUACCUGUCUUUCUAUCUCAGCAGCUCAAAAUGUCUCAACCUCAGCCUUGAUAAACUUGAACAGCCUUGAUACGGGGUGUACGCAUAUAGUUGCUGGGGCAGAGAUUUGCCUUCCCGAUGUUUGUGAGAUCUAUCGCGUUCAGGAGACGGAUACCAUUGACAAAAUCGUUGCGAGCCUAUCGCGUCAAGUCUCUGUGCCUCAGUUUGUUGCAUGGAAUGCCAAUCUCAACUCAGCGCAAAGCUCGCAGAAUCUGACGGCUGUUUCGGGGAAGUACAUCUGCGUCAGUCCUCCGGGUACUCUCACACUCCCCGAUACCCUGGCUCUUAGGCCCGCAAGCACCGCUGUGUCUCUUCCUACCGACGCAGUCACUAGCUCCAACACCGACUGUGGUCACUGGUAUCAGGUCCAAGAUGGUGAUACCUGUGAAUCCGUGUGCGACAAAUUCAGCAUCUCUCAAUAUAAUUUCAAUUUCUUAAAUCCCCAGGCCGCAUUGAAUGCAACCUCCAGUUGCGGCAGCCUCUGGAAAGGGAACAGCUACUGCGUUCAAGCAGUGGGUAACAUCAACACCUAUACAAGCUACAUAUCCAACACCACAAGAACACGCACAUCACUUGCUAGCACCAUGAAUCUCAACGCAACCCGAACAGCAAACCAUAGCACCACCAAUCUGUUCUGGUCAUUCCCUUCCGACCUAACCACGGCCUCAACCUGGACCCCUGAUUCAGCAUACCUCGCAUCUCUCGCGACCUACACUCUCUGCGACCAGGUCAACUCAGUGUACAACAUCACCGAUGACGAUCUAACAGACGAGAUGUACCACGAUGAAGUCUGGCUAAGUGAAUACGAGCGCGUGUGCUAUCCUCCCGUGAACGGUUCUUUCCCGACCACCGGGUUCAACUUCAGCAUUACAUUGACCGAUGAUCCAAGUAUGGGAAGCUCGACGAAUUUUGAUGCCGCCUCUCGUGCAUGGAGGCAUUUUGUUCGUGAGCAGUGGGUCGGUGGCGACGGCGCGGAUCAACAGAAACGAGCGUUGAUCGAACGCUGGGCAACAGCAGACCAACAAUUCCGCGAUAGCUAUCAAUCACGAGCCCCAGAGGACGAGCCUAGUUUUUUUGAAGGUCCUGAACUUACGGAUAAAACUUUCGGAGCCAAUGACGUUCAAAGUUCCUGCAUGGUCUACUUCUACACCACCGAAUUAACCCCCGAGAAAGAAGCCCUGCUCGCCAAGUGUAUCCUGGGAUUAUUCCCAUGGGAAGACGGCUGGGACUUUCUAGCAGACGAAAUGAUAGUAUUUGUUCCCCCUGAAGACAAUAAGGGGAAUGUUCUCGAGACAUUUAAAUUCUAUCAAAGUGUCGCGCGACCCAACUUCCUCGAUAUGCACAUGGCGCUUGAUGGAACUGUACUUUUCAGAGACUGCUCCCCCAAGCUUAUUAUCGAUGACCGGACCCUUGAGACCGGACUAGGUCUCUGGGUUGAUUUUACAACCAACGGUAUCUACGAGAUAGCCCGUCGGGGUCAAAUUAUGAUGGAGGAAUUCGCCUACUUUUAUCGGGAAAUCGGUCCGGGAAAUCGAGUCCCAAUAGACCAGGCGCUCAAUUACAUUGAGGACCGGGAAAUUUACAUAGACCGCGACGAAGAUGCAGAUCCAAGAGAGAUUUUGGAGGAUGAACCAGUCGAUAUGCGACGGCCGCUUGUGGAAAUCUACAAAGGGAAUGAAGUCGAUCUGGUGGAUGACUAUGCGCCAGGAUUUCGCGAGGCGGAGGAGCAGGGUGACGGUUUAGCGAUCGGAUUUGAUUUGGAAAGGAUACUUGCGAACGAUGGAAAUCCCCUGAUUGUCAGAGAUCAUGGAAGUGACCAUUAG